GUGUUUUCUUUAUAAAAACAGCGCAACACCUGAAUUAGCCAACAUCGAUUGGGACAACCUUGGCUUUAGCAUUACGCCUACUGAUUAUAUGUAUAUCAUGAAAUGUUCUCGAGAUGAAAACUUUUCUAAGGGUGAGCUACAACGUUUUGGGAACAUUGAGUUGAGCCCAUCUGCUGGGAUAUUAAAUUAUGGACAGGGACUGUUUGAAGGUUUAAAAGCCUAUAAAAGACAUGAUGGUAAUAUAUUGCUGUUUCGACCCGAAGAAAAUGCUCUGCGCAUGAAGAUGGGAGCAGAACGUAUAUGCAUGCCUUCACCAUCUGUUGAACAAUUUGUGGAAGCAGUAAAAGCCACUGUUUUAGCAAAUGAAAGAUGGAUUCCUCCUCCAGGUAAAGGUUCAUUAUAUAUAAGACCACUGCUUAUGGGGAGUGGAGCUGUUCUUGGUGUUGCUCCAGCUCCUGAGUACACAUUUCUGAUUUAUGUAUCACCUGUGGGAAACAAUUUUAAGGAAGGUAUGGCACCAAUAAAUUUAGUAAUUGAGACAGAAAUGCACCGUGCAACUCCUGGCGGAACUGGAGGAGUCAAGACUAUAGGAAAUUAUGCUGCAGUAAGCUAGGUUUAUGGAAAUUUAGCUUAUUUCAGAUUUCUCUUUAUGUAACACAAAGUUUAUCAUGCUGAAAGCCUUAAUUGGAGCCUGAGUUAGUUCCAUUUUCUUCUUGGGGAUUGAAAAUGAUAAUUCAUGAGGUCCCACUUAGCAUGCUUUAUCCUUUUUGACACCAUCCUCAGCCUUUGUUCUUCCUUGAAUAUGAUAAAGU